AUGUUCUUCUUUAUGAGUGCCACGGUAUUUUUCCACGAGCACGGGCUAAUGGGUUUCCUCACCUCUGUGGUAGGAAAGGCGGCGUUUGAGACCGUUCCCGAAGAGCACGCGACUACGCCAGCAACAAAUCGCCCUAACAGUUUGGGGAUGGUUCCACCAGAUACGAUGAUGAACUAUCGUGUACCAGCAGCGGGAACGAUUCGUGAAACUCGUGGAUCUGAUUCAUCGUGA